AUGGCUCUCCUGCUCUACCGCCGCCUCCCGCCCAAUCCCCACACGCCACGUGGCGGCUUCUCAGUGGUCGCAGCACAUGGUUCGAGUGACGGUGGAGGGAGUGAGAGUGACAGCAUCAGCAACAGCAAUAGCUGUAGCAUUGGGAGUGGGAGCAGCCGCGGGGUUAGUGGCCGGGGUGGUUUACCCAGCCCGUUCAGGGGUGGUUUACCCAGUCCUUUUGGGGGUAGAAGGGAGAAGAGGCGGCCUCUAGGAGAGCAGUUGGAGGAGGGUGAGGGGGGAGGCUGGGGAGAUAACUUAGAUCAAGCAGAGAUUGCUGCUGCUGGUACCAGCGCUGCUGCCGCUGCUCGUCCUUUUGCUACUGCUGCUGGUAAUGGUGGUGGUGGCGCUGCUGCUGCUGCUGCUGCUGCUGGGGGCCGUGCAGGGGGUGCAGUGGCAGAGAGUGAGGGGGAGGAGGCGUCGUUUGACAUUCAAAAGGUGGUGGAAUUCACCCUUGCGGACCUCGUAGCUGCCACUGACAGUUUUGCAGACAAGAACCACCUGGGGCAGGGCAGCUACGGCAAUGUGAGUGGUGCUGUGUGGUAUGGCAUGGUGUACCGAGGGAGGCUCAAGUCGGGAGAGGUGGUGGCGGUGAAACGAGCCAAGGCGGAGCGACGGCAGGACAUGCGCAAGUUCAAGAAGGAGGUGAUGCUGCUCUCCAGGGCGCGCCACAAGCAUCUGGUGCAGCUGCUGGGGUAUUGCCGGGAGGAGCAGGAGCAGCUGCUGGUCUACGAGUUCAUAGGCGGGGGAACCCUCUCUCACAACCUCAAUGCGCCCUGGCGAGCCAGACAAAACAAGCCGCCCCUCAACUGGACCGAGCGGCUGCUGGUGGCGGCAGGCACGGCGCGCGCGCUGGCGUACCUGCAUGAUGACGUCAGCAUGCCCUUCAUCCACCGGGAUGUGAAGCCCGGCAACAUCCUCUUGGAUCGACAUGUGGUGGCGAAGCUGGCAGACUUUGGAACGUCAAGAGCCGUGGACACAUCGUCGUAUUCUGCAACCAUCCAGGGCACUGCGGGCUACUGCGACCCCGACUACCUCAAAUCAGGGCAGCCAUCGAAGCGCAUAGACGUGUACAGCUUUGGCAUCGUGCUGCUGGAGCUCAUCACUGGCAAGUCGCCUAGAGGCAUCUCCAGGCCGUACCGCUUUCACGUCCAAGAUCUGCUGGAUAAGAAGGGGCUAGCAGGGAUUGUCGACCAAUCCAUGGGCAUUUACCCUGAAAAGGAGGUCACCAGCGUGCUCACCCUGGCCUUCAAAUGCACGGACAUUAAGAACCCUGCUGCCCGGCCGUCCAUGAACCGUGUGGUAACCGAGUUGGAGUCAGUGUUAGAGCCUGAGCGAGUGCUCCCGGUUACAUCGGCGGUAGCACGGCAAAUACACCACCAACAUGAUAUAAGCUUGUCCCGAGGAGUCGGGGACGAGAGGGUUACAGAGGCGCACAAUGAAAAUGUGCAAGAUAUUGGGGAGUCGAAUAAUGUGACAGUAAUGGAAGAGAUAAGCGGAGAGGUACGGCAAGGUCAUGAUGAUAUCAGGGAGGGGGGUGUUAUAGGAGAGGGUGGAAGCGUGGAGCUGUCGUUUGAUUGGAAUUUGCAAGAGGGAGGCAGUGGUGGGUUGGGGCGAGAUAGGAGAAACGCUUCCAUGGUGGGGGAUCCGGAUAGGCCAAGCAGGUCCCCGCGCCGCUUCAUUUGCGCUCCGUCGCUUAUUCUGCUAUUUCUUCUCGCUCAUACCUCCAUUUUCGUUUCCGCUGACGGAUCUCCUUCAGGCGCUAGCCAGAAUCCGUCCGAGAACUUCGAUUUCCCCACCUUUAGCGCGGAUGACGAGGAACUCAUUAUGGCGUACGAGAGGAAGUUCGCAGCCAGACCCGGCGAGGAGGAGGUGUCGUACGAGCAAGCGUAUCAUCUGGGAGAGAAACUGAGAGCUCGCGGUGUGACUGCAGCGGAUGUGCUACAAAGUGAAGGCGAUGUUUUGGCGGGAAAGGUUCAAGAGGAGGGAGGCGCGCAGACGGAAUCCGUCAAUGACGACGUUGCCCGUCAAGCAGAGUUUCCGCGGAGAACUCUCUCUGCAACUUCCGCCUCCCCCUCCGCCUCCGCUUCCGCUUCCCCUGAUCAGUCCGCGCUCGCGACCCAAACCAUCGCGCGUCUUCGCUCGCUCGGCUUCCGAACCUUCGCGUCCGCUCUGGAGAAAACGGACGUUCUCUCCGCACUCCCUUCGACCGUCGCGCGCCCUGGGGGGUUCUCCCUCCUCGUCCCCUCGGACCGCGCGUUCCUUAAUCUCCCGCAAGCCGUACAGAAGCUAUUAAGAGGCCCGGACGCGAAAGCCGUACUUAAGAACCUCAUUCUAUACCACAUUUUUCAGCCGCGGAUUAAUUUUAACUACUUUUUGAAGCUCAGAGGACGGCGCGUGAAGACGCUGCUUAGAGACCAGACUCUGACCGUUGGAUUCGGGCGCUCCGGCUUUCCCGCAGCGCCGACAGUCGCGGGAGGGGAGUCUCUUUGGUUUGCUCCCUCUGACGGCGGAAAGCGGGUUGCGGAUAGCAGCAGCGCCAGGCCCGCUGGUGGCGGUAGCGCGGGUACCGUUGUGAUUGUAAAAGAUGUUGCUUAUAACGGGCUCGCGAUCUGCCAGGCUGUCAGCGUGGUGCUCGUUCCGCCGUUGGAUCUCCUUUCGCCUCCCAACGCAUUACCCUCCGCCGCCACCACCACCACCACCGCGACUAAGGCUAAGAACGCGCCUCCGGUUUCCAAAACCAAGUCGCCCGCCAACGGCGGAAGUGGAGGGAAGAUUCGUCCGCCUCCAUUGAAGAAAAACGUCGUCGAAUCCGCCUCCACGUUCGGCGGCAGAAUUGCAGCCGCGGCAGGUGCGGGGAAGCGCGGAAAUGCAGCGCCAGUGGCCGUGCCGAGUCCCGUUAUCCGACCGUCUUCCAUAACGUUAACCCCGCAGCAGCAGGUGCUCUACUGGCUGUCACGCCACGGGCUGGGCCGCACCGCCGCGAAUCUCGCGCAGUCCGGCGUGCUGGAUCUCGCGACGGCGGAUAACCCGGUUACCGUUCUCGCGCCAACGCAGCUCGCGUAUCGCUUCCUCCCCUGGACGGUCCGGCAGCUGUUCUUCACCGCGUCGGGGGAACAGGUGUUACCGCGGCUGAUGAAAUACCACGUUAUAACGGAGCGGCUUACAGUGAAGCAGCUGCGGUCGGCCGGGAAUAACAAGUAUCCGACCCUGUUGGAUGAACACCCCGUUGAUACGAAAGUAGGCUCGACAUUUGUCCGUUUCUCUCCCGAGCCUCCGGAUUACGCCGCCGCGACCAUCAUCCCCGGGUCGUCCUUCAGCAACGGCAUCGCGACCGUCCACGUCAGCAGCUCCGUGCUCAUCCCGCCGUACGAUCUCCUCUCCGUCCCAGAGCCUCCCACCCCCGCGCCCGUCCCCCCGCCGCUCGGCCCCGCGCCCGGCCCCGGCCCCUCCCCCGCCCCCGCAGCAGCGGGGACCCAAGCGCUAGAUAUGGUGGGGGACUUGGAGGCGGAAGGGGGGAGUUUCUGGGAAGAGGCUAGACUCAGGGCUUCCGCUCCCGUUCCCCCUCCCCCUCGCCCUCCGCUUCCCCCGCCGCCGCCCCCGCCCACGGGCGGGUUCGUCCCGAAGCGCCAGCUAAUCUCGUUUGACGACGCGCGCGGGGAGCCGUACAGCGCCGCGCCUCCCCCCAUGGCGGAGCCUCAUAGCACCGCGCCUCCCCCCAUUGCCGUGGACUUGGCGCAGGAAGGGGAAGGGGAAGGGGAGGGGGAAGGUGAAGGGGAAGGGGAGGGGGAACGAGAAGCGGACGAGGUUGACGAGGUUCGGGAAGCGGCGCUAGAGACAGCAGCGGGUUCGGAGGGGAGGGAGGUGUACGGCAAACCUGGUUCCGAAUCAGGUGCUUCCUCAGGUGCUGCCUCAGGUGCUUCUUCAGGUGUUUCUUCAGGUGCCAGGCGUGUGCUUCCUGAGCUAUCACUCAGCGCCCGCCAGCAGACCAUAGACGAGCUAGCAAAGCGCGGCCUCACUGUACUCGCUAAGAACCUCGCCGCUACAAGGAUACUAGACUCCCUAUCCGGCCCCGCUACACUCCUCGCGCCCACCAACCUAGCCUUCUGGACCCUCCCUCUUCCCAUUAAAGCCCUCCUGAUGGGUCCCAAGGCGGACUUAGUUCUUAGAAACCUCGUGGCCUAUCACAUCCUGCCACGUGGCCGCGUGUCGUCGAAGCAGUUUGAGGCGGGGAUAGAGGCGGCGGGGAUCGAGGGGUAUGAGAUAUUUGACACGCUGCUGGAGGGGACGAGUGUGAAGGCGGAGCACUUGGGGAAGGCCCUCGCCUUCUCGCCGCUGCCCAUGGUGCCCCUGCUGAGCCGAGUGGCUCGGGUUGUCGCGUCGGAUAUUAAUACCGGAGCUGAUGCUGCUGCUAACGAAGCUGAUAGUAGCGGGGAUGAUGCUGGUAGCGGGGAUGCUGGUAGCGGGGAUGCUGCUAGCGGGGAUGGAAUCACGACCCAUGUGAUCAACCGAGUGCUCAUUCCGCCGGUCAAAGUGCUGCUAGCGCCCUUCGAUUCCCCCUCCUCCUCCUCCUCCUCCUCCUCCUCCUCCUCCUCCUCCUCCUCCUCCUCCUCCUCCUCCUCCUCCUCCGCCGCCUCCGCUUCCUCCUCCCCUACAGGCGUAGCAACAGCAGCAGCAGUUAACCCUUUCAGUGCGGCAUAUGCUGCUUUGGCCCAAUCCAUGGUCUUACCAAUGGGUGAGUCGUGUCUCAGUCGUUGUCUGUUCAAUGGACUCAAAGAGCCAUUCCAUCGUGUUGCCAUCGUCUUUCCACCUUUCCCUCCAUCAUCCCCUUUUCAUCUGACCAUGUCCCUCCACCCCUCCCAUCCCCUCCUGCACCUUUUACCCUGCACCAAGUCUUUUGACGUGCUCUCAUCUUACCGCUGCCCUCCCCCUCUUCAUGCACUCCUCUCUCCACUCCUCGCUGCUCCCUCACUAAAUCCCAUCCUUUCAUCAUCGCUUUCCUUCUUGCUUCCUCCCUCUCCCCCUUCCCUCCUUCUCCACCCCCUGCCCUCAUUCCCUGCCCUAAUUCCUUUCCAGUCCCGCCUGCGCCUCUUCGGGUGCACCAAGACGGCCGACAUGAUCGUACGCUCCGGCUUCAUCGCGCUCCUCACCACCGCCACAUCCCCCAACGUCACCUUCUUUGCUCCCACCGACGACGCGCACGCCCGCAUCCCCGCACCCGUGAAGCAGCUUAUCACAGACAACGGCGCUGCGGCCGAGACGCUUCUCCUGAGCUACCAGGGGGUUUUCGGGAUUCAGACCUACGCGGAGCUGACCAACAAGUCGACCGGGUCGCUCCCAACGCUGUUGACGGAUAUGUCUGUCACGCUGACCAAGACCCGCUGCCCGUACUUCAAGAGGUUUUACCGGGAGCCGGGGUGUAAGGAGGAGGUUUCCCUGUUUUCGGAGCCGCCUAUGAGUUACCCUGCUGUGAAGAUCGUUCGGCCGAAUAUAAUCUAUAUUCAGGAGCCGCGGAACAUUACAAGCUCGGGGCAGAAUAUCACGAUUAUUGUGCAGACGCUCGUUCAUAUCUCGUCGGAUUUCUUUAUUCCGGAUAUGGCGCUGCUGGUUCCUGGUGCUGUGCCUCCUGCUCCUCCUCCAGACUCCCCCCCUCCUCCUCCCCCUUUCCCUCCCCCCUCCCCGCCUCCCUCCCCUCCUCCUCCCCCUUCCCCCCCUCCACCAUCACCACCACCAGUUGAGUAG